AGAAACUCGCCAUCUGCCUGCAGUUUCUUGAUCUACCAAACUAAAACAACAAAAUCGCAGAUGAAAAUGCAAGCUUAUGGAUUUUAAUAAUAUUUAAGUGAAAAGCACGAGUGUGGCAGGUCAGCGACAAUGCAACUGAAUCUGAAGGUCCAAGGCGCCACGCAUUGCCGCUUUCUACGAUCAAUCGUACGGCAACUGUGUGAUGGCGACACCUCGAGGCCCUUCCAAGAGAUGCCUGGCCCGCGCUCACUACCGGUCGUAGGCACUUUGUACAAAUACCUUCCAGUCUUUGGCGAGUAUCAGUUUGAUCGGCUGCAUUGGAAUGGGGCAAAGAAACUCGCGAAAUAUGGUGCAGCGGUGCGGGAAGAAAUCGUCAAAGGCACGUCGAUCGUUUGGCUCUUUGACCCGAACGACAUCGAGACCCUGUUCAGACACGGAGAAGGAAAACACCCUCAAAGGCUGAGUCACCUCGCCUUGCAGCACUUUAGACUCACCAGACCGGCAAUUUAUAACACAGGCGGACUUCUUCCAACAAACGGUCCUGAUUGGGCGCGUCUGCGGACCACAUUUCAGCGGGCGUUGAGCAAGCCGCAGAGUGUGCAAAAUUACGUCCCCAAAUCUGAUGAGGUCGCUAAUGAUUUUUUGCGACUUAUUGAAAAAAGGGCGACCGCAGCUCCAGCAGAGAAUUUUUUAAAUGAGCUCUCGCGCGUCACUUUGGAAUUAAUUGGAUUGGUCACUUUUGAUGAAAGAAUGGGUGGUCUGAGUGAAAGGUCCAGCCCGAUGUGCGACAAAAUACUGGAGGCUGCGUUCACCGCCAACAGUUGCAUCUUGGGUACGGACAAUGGUCUGCGCCUGUGGCAAAAAUUCAAGACGCCGCUGUACAAAAAACUGGAACAAGCACUGCUGCAGCUGGAAAAAGUCGCGAUUGAAUUUGUCGAGAAGAAAGCGGCCGGGGCGCGAGAUAAGGCGGACGGUCAGCCUUUGUCUCUGCUGGAACAAUACCUCGCCAGUCCUGAUCUCGAUCGAAAGGAUGUGAUUGGAAUGAUGGUCGACAUGCUGCUUGGCGGCGCUGAUACGACGACCUACAGCUCGAGCUUUGCCCUGUAUCAUUUGGCGGUGAACCCUGAUAAGCAGCUCCGUCUGCAGGAGGAAGCGAGAUCGCUGCUGCCGACCCCUGAGGUGGGGGUCACGACGCAGAUCUUAUCAGGCGCCGCGUACACCAAAGCCGUUCUUAAAGAAUCGCUUCGCCUUAAUCCCGUGUCGGUUGGCGUAGGACGCAUUCUGCAACACGACGCCGUUUUCUCGGGAUUCAAAGUGCCCAAAGGGACGGUGAUCGUGACUCAGAACCAAGUCACCUGUCGCCAGUCGCGGUACUUUGAAAACCCCAACGAGUUUUUGCCCGAAAGGUGGAUAAGGGGCCAUGCUUUGAUGCAAAACGUCCACCCUUAUCUCUCGCUUCCCUUUGGUCACGGACCCCGAGCGUGUAUUGCAAAGCGUCUAGCUGAGCAGAACAUUCAGAUUUUGCUCUUGAAGAUUGCAAGGGAAUUUCAUAUUACGUGGCACGGUGAUGGAGCCCUUGAUUGCAAAUCAUUGCUGAUUAAUAAGCCUGACAAACCGUUGCGGCUGCAGUUCCACAAACUAAAAGAUUAAAUUUUAAUUUCUAAUUUUUUAAUCCUAAAAAUAUUUUUCCUAAAGUACUAUAUAUUAUUUACAAUUCUAUGUUUAGAAAAAUAAAACACAUUUUGUAAUUGAUUCAAGUAGA